AUGGCAAGUCGUGGCCAAAAGCGUACUGAGGUUGACGAUGAAUUGCCGGCGGAUAAGCGAGCAUGUAGUUCUUUGGAGUUUAGACCGAGUUCAUCGAACUCUUCUGCUCAAACCCAUAUGAAUUCUAUGAACUCAACACCUGAAACCAAUGACCAUGAUAUGGACACUACAUCCUCUGCUUCAGCGUCUAGCCGGUCCGAGGGAGAACAUGAGAAGGAUUCAGCAUAUGGGUCUUGUGAUUCUGAUGAUGCAGACCCAAGACACAGUGAACUCCGGGACUAUCAGAGACGGAGAUCUUCGGGUGAUCAUGGAAAGUUUAAGAGGAUCUUAUCAUCUUUAAGUGAAGAGACUGAUCCUUCUGGCCAGUUAGCUGUGCUCACCGAGCUAUGUGAAGUCCUAUCAUUUUGUACAGAGGAUUCGCUAUCCGGGAUGACAUCAGACUCAUUAUCACCGCUUCUUGUUCGUCUCGCUAGGCACGAGACUAACGCAGAUAUCAUGCUAUUGGCUAUAAGAGCUAUAACUUAUUUAUGUGAUGUGCAUCCUAGAUCAUCGGCCUUCCUUGUCCGACAUGAUGCAGUUCCUGCUCUUUGCCAAAGACUUAUGGCUAUUGAAUACUUGGAUGUAGCUGAGCAGUGUCUACAAGCAUUGGAGAAAAUGUCACGGGAGCAACCACUUGCGUGCUUACAGGCUGGGGCAAUAAUGGCUGUUCUGAAUUAUAUUGAUUUCUUUUCGACAAGCAUACAGAGAGUUGCCCUUUCCACGGUGGUGAACAUUUGUAAGAAACUUCCUUCUGAAUGCCCUUCACCUUUCAUGGAGGCUGUUCCUAUACUAUGCAAUCUUCUCCAGUACGAGGAUCCUCAGCUUGUCGAAAAUGUUGCUGUUUGCUUGAUUAAAAUUACAGAACGAGUGAGUCAGUCUACUGAGAUGCUGGAUGAACUUUGUAAGCACGGGCUGAUUCGUCAAGUCACGCAUUUUAUGAACUUGAAUAACCGAGCAACUCUAUCCCAACCAAUUUGUAAUGGUUUAAUAGGGCUACUUGGAAAACUUUCUUCUGGUUCAGUUGUAGCCUUCAGGACUCUAUAUGAGCUCAAUAUAAGCAGCACUUUAAAGGAUAUAUUAUCUACAUAUGAACUCUCACAUGGAAUGUCAUCUAGUCAUGUGGUGGAUGGGCAUUGCAAUCAGGUAUAUGAAGUUUUGAAGUUGCUAAAUGAGCUUCUACCUACUUCAGCUGGAGAUCAAGAUGAUCCACAGCUGUUAGAUAAGGAAUCUUUUCUAGUUAAUCAACCUGAUCUACUGCAAAAGUUUGGGAUGGAUAUACUUCCCUUCUUGAUUCAGGUUGUAAAUUCUGGUGCCAAUUUAUAUAUUUGUUAUGGAUGCUUAUCUGUUAUCGACAAGUUAAUUUCUUUGAGCACAUCUGACAUGCUUGUGGAACUGCUUCAGAAUGCCAACAUUUCAAGUUUUUUGGCUGGAGUAUUUACACGAAAGGAUCCCCAUGUGUUGAUUUUAGCUCUACGGAUCACUGAGCUUAUCCUGCAAAAGCUCUCUGAUUAUUUUUUGGACUCUUUCAUAAAAGAGGGCGUCUUUUUUGCCAUUGAUGCACUGUCAACACCAGAAAAGUGUCAACUGGUAACCCUGGAAAAAUGUUCGAGGCUGGUGUUCCCAGUGUUCAGUGGCACACAGCCUUUGUUUGAUCCUAGUCAGAAGUCUGCUUCAAGGGAGGUCCUGAGAUGCUUAUGUUACGCUUUUGCUACUGGUAAAUCACCAUCGGUGUCAGAGACAGGAAGCUGCAUGCUUGAAAAGGAUUCUGUAUAUAAUCUUGCAAAGCAUAUAAGGACCACGUACUUUGCACCAGAAUUGUAUGACCCUGGGAAAGUAUUAACUGAUGUUCUUCAGAAGCUUAGAAAAUUUUCUGCUGCAUUAAGUGAUUUGAACACAUCCAUGAAUAAUGAUGCUCUUGAUCAGCAUGAAGAAAGGUUCUAUGGUAUAAUGCGUCAAGUAAUGGAAAAGCUUGGUGGAGGAGAACCCAUUUCCACUUUUGAAUUUAUUGAAAGUGGAAUUCUGAAGUCCUUAAUGACUUACCUGUCCAAUAGCCAGUACUUGAGACAAAAGGGGGAAGUUAGUGCUGUUAACACUGAUAUCUAUUCUGUAGAAAAAAGAUUUGAGGUGUUUGCAAGGCUAUUAUUUUCUCCUUCAGACCUUCUCUCUGCGGACGUACCCAUAAUAACAUUGAUACGGAAGUUACAAAAUGCACUAUCUUCUUUGGAAAAUUUCCCUGUUAUUUUGAGCCAUAUGCCCAAGUUAAGAAGUUCUUAUGCUGCAGUUCCAUACGGACGUCGUACAACGUAUACAUGUAUUAGAGUUCGUUUUGUGAAAGACAAAGGGGAUACAUACCUAUGUGAUUACUCAGAAGAUGUUCUGACUGUUGACCCCUUUUCUUCAUUGCAUGCCAUUCAAGAAUUUCUGUGGCCUAAAGUCAAUGCAAAAAGAACCAACCACAUUAAAUCAGCUACACGAGUUAAGGGGCAAUCUGAAAGUCCACCACUUCGAUCACCAUCUAAUGCAAGCUCUAGUCAAGGGGGAAGCCCACAUCCUAUGGACCCUGAGAGCAUGUCAAUGGACUUACCUGAGUUGCAGGAAACUGCGGAGAAACUAGUGCAAUGUCCAUCUGAUGAGGAUACUGAGAUGGAAGAACAGUGUCCUGCAUCUUGUAGCAAUGAAGGUUCUUCUUCGAAACUGUUACUUUACCUUGAUGGGCAACAGCUGGAGCCGGCAUUGACACUAUACCAAGCAAUUCUGCAACAACAAAUGAAAGAACAUGAAAUUGUCAUUGGUGCAAAACUGUGGAGUCAAGUAUACACAUUAACAUAUAGAAAGGCUGAAGGACCAGAUGGUACUCGUAAAGAAUGUCUUUAUUCAGCAGAAAGUUCUGCUGUAUCAGAUAAAGUUGGGGUGUAUGAAUUGUAUACUUCAUUUUUCUCCAGCAUGUUUUCUUGUGAGCUUGCUUCUGACUUAGAGAAGUCAAGUCCUACUUAUGAUAUAAUAUAUCUUCUUAAAAGCUUGGAAAGCAUGAACAAGUUCAUCUUUUAUCUGAUGUCUCAUGAGAGAAUAUGUGCUUUUGCUGAAGGGAAAAUCAAUGACUUGGAUAAUUUUCAGAUGUCAGUUAUUCCAGUGCCACAGAAUGAGUUUGUAAGCAAUAAAUUGACAGAAAAACUGGAACAGCAGAUGCGGGAUGCUUUAGCUGUGUCCAUUGGUGGUAUGCCUUUGUGGUGUAAUCAGCUGAUGACAUCCUGCCCUUUUUUAUUUAGUUUUGAGGUCAAGUGUAAGUACUUUCGGUUGGCAGCAUUUGGUCCACUACUAGUUCAACCUCAUUCACCAUCUUAUAGGGAUUCAGGGGUGGCAAGUGACAGGCGUCUAAGCUCUGGAGGCAUGCCUCGAAAGAAGUUUUUGGUUUUCCGCAACCAAAUUCUUGAUUCUGCUGCCCAAAUGAUGGACCUGCAUGCCAGUCAUAAGGUACUUCUUGAGGUGGAAUACAACGAAGAAGUUGGUACUGGCCUUGGUCCAACAUUGGAAUUCUAUACCCUAGUUAGUCAUGAGUUUCAGAAGUCUGGUCUGGGCAUGUGGAGAGAGGAUCAUGGGUCUUUUAUAUCUGGUACAACCCAUGCUGAGGAUACUGAAAUUUUGAUAUGUCCUUUUGGUCUUUUCCCUCGUCCAUGGUCAUCCACUUUGGAUACAUCUGAUGGGAUACAGUUCAGUGAAGUAAUUAAGAAGUUUGUCCUUUUGGGGCAAAUUGUAGGAAAAGCGCUUCAGGAUGGGCGAGUCUUGGAUCUGCAUUUCUCCAAAGCCUUCUAUAAACUUAUUCUUGGGCAGGAACUUGGUCUGUAUGACAUCCAGUCAUUCGAUCCUGAGCUUGGCAGGACACUGCUAGAGUUUAAGGCUCUUAUAGACAGAAAAAAGUUUAUGGAAUCUGUACAUGGAGGAACAACAUUCAAAUUUGACUCAUGCUUUCGGAAAACCAAAAUUGAGGAUCUUUGCCUUGACUUUACACUUCCGGGUUAUCCUGAUUUUGUUCUUUCUUCUAGGCCUGAUAAUAAAAUGGUAAAUGUAACAAACUUGGAAGAUUAUGUUUCAUUUGUGGCGGAUGCAACUGUAAAGGCUGGAAUUACUAGACAAGUGGAAGCUUUCAAAUCUGGUUUCAACCAGGUUUUCCCUAUUGAACAUCUUCAGAUAUUCACUGAAGAAGAAUUAGAGCAUUUACUAUGUGGAGAACGUGAUUCUUGGGCUUUCAAUGAGCUCCUUGAUCAUAUCAAGUUCGACCAUGGCUACACUGUUAGCAGUCCUCCCAUUGUUAAUUUGCUGGAAAUCAUACACAAGUUUGACCAAGAACAGCGAAGAGCGUUUCUGCAGUUUGUGACUGGGGCACCUCGCCUACCUCCAGGAGGUUUUGCAUCUCUCAGUCCGAAGUUAACUAUUGUUCGAAAGCAUUCUAGCAACUGUGCUGACUUGGACCUACCAAGUGUAAUGACUUGUGCAAUUAUCUUAAGCUGCCACCUUACUCUUCAAAAGAGAGAAUGA